GCUUUGCAAAACAUGGAUACGGUAAGGUUGUGACAUUGCAUAAUAUUCUAGAAAUUAUGACCCGACUUAUCUUUUGUUUUUGUCUUGGAACCACUUAGCGUGACUUCAUGCGCUUGCGCGAACAUCUGACGCAAAUGCAAGUGCACGGCUCUUGCCAAACACACAGCAUUCAACACUGAAAGCCUAGCCGUUACAUUAGUUCACAAACUAUAGUGAUUGUAAUUCGUCCAUUUGAUUCAUAUUCACAAAAAACUGAAAUGAGUUAAAGCAUACUGAAACGUACCAGGUGUUGCGCUGAAACACCUACUCCGAAAUGUAUAGAUAUUUUCUUUUCUUUCCGAUUGCAUUAUUUUCUUGAUCUGUGUCAGACGUCGUUAGCUAGUUAGCUUAGCUAACACGCUAUGUGUUGACUGGAAGGACAGUGCGUCACCAUUCAAGAUGGACACUGCCGAAGAAGCCGAUAUAUGCAGGGUAUGUCGGUCAGAGGGGACCCCGGAUAAGCCCCUUUAUCACCCCUGUGUCUGCACCGGGAGCAUUAAGUUCAUCCAUCAAGAAUGCCUUGUUCAAUGGCUAAAACACAGCAGAAAGGAGUACUGUGAAUUAUGCAAACACAGGUUUGCCUUCACACCAAUCUACUCUCCAGACAUGCCCUCCCGACUGCCAGUGCAGGAUAUCUUUGCUGGUCUGGUCACCAGUAUAGGCACAGCCAUCCGCUACUGGUUCCACUACACGUUGGUGGCUUUUGCCUGGCUUGGUGUUGUCCCUUUAACAGCAUGUCGCAUCUAUAAAUGUCUGUUUACAGGCUCUGUAAGUUCACUGCUGACGCUGCCACUGGAUAUGCUGUCCACAGAGAACCUGCUGGCGGACUGUCUGCAGGGCUGCUUUGUGGUGACGUGCACGCUCUGCGCAUUCAUCAGUCUGGUGUGGCUCCGGGAACAGAUCGUGCACGGCGGCGCCCCGCUGUGGCUGGAGCACAAUCAGCAGCAGGCUGCCAACAUAGCCGUACGGCCCAACGAGGCUCCUGCGGCCGGUAACGAGGCGGGUGUGGGCGAGCAGCAGGCGGCCGCGGGUCCUGCCCCGGCUCCGGAGGAGAACGCGCCGCUGGGUGAGGCCCUUGAGGCGCAGGCCGAGCCAGAGGAGCUGGAGCUGGACAACGAGGAGGAGGCAGGGGCAGAGGACGGCGCCGACGCCAACAACGCUGCACAGGAUGACAUGAACUGGAAUGCUCUGGAGUGGGACCGAGCUGCGGAAGAGCUCACCUGGGAGAGGAUGCUGGGAUUGGAUGGCUCUUUAGUUUUUUUGGAGCAUGUCUUCUGGGUGGUCUCACUCAAUACACUUUUCAUCUUGGUGUUUGCUUUUUGUCCAUAUCAUAUUGGGCAUUUUUCAGUGGUGGGGCUUGGCUUUGAAGAAUAUGUGAAAGCAUCCCAUUUCGAGGGACUCAUCACUACCAUUGUGGGCUAUGUUCUACUCGCUGUUACACUGAUUGUGUGUCACGGAUUAGCGGCAUUAGUGAGAUUCCAGAGAUCACGACGCUUAUUAGGGGUGUGCUAUAUCGUUGUGAAGGUGUCUUUGCUGGUGGUGGUGGAGAUUGGCGUCUUCCCCCUUAUCUGUGGCUGGUGGCUGGAUAUCUGCUCCCUGGAAAUGUUUGAUGCGUCCCUGAAGGACCGAGAGCUGAGUUUUGAGUCUGCCCCUGGCACGACCAUGUUCCUCCACUGGCUCGUUGGGAUGGUCUACGUCUUCUACUUUGCCUCAUUCAUUCUCUUACUGCGCGAGGUGCUCAGGCCUGGUGUCUUGUGGUUCCUCCGAAACUUAAAUGACCCUGAUUUCAACCCAGUACAAGAGAUGAUCCACUUGCCAAUCUACAGACACCUGCGCAGGUUCAUUUUAUCUGUGGUGGUGUUUGGGUCUAUAGUCCUCCUGAUGCUGUGGCUUCCCAUUCGAAUCAUCAAGCACCUGUUUCCCUCUUUUCUCCCCUACAAUGUGAUGCUGUACAGUGACGCCCCGGUGAGUGAGCUGUCACUGGAGCUGCUGCUGCUGCAGGUGGUGCUGCCCGCGCUGUUGGAGCAAGGACACACCCGCCAGUGGCUUAAAGGCCUGGUCCGUGCCUGGACCGUCACCGCAGGAUACCUGCUAGACCUGCACUCCUACCUAUUGGGAGACCAGGAGGAGAAUGACAACAACGCCAACAACAACCAGCAGGCACGCAACAACAACAACGCCAUCCCUGUGGUGGGCGAGGGCCUGCACGCCGCCCACCAGGCCAUCCUGCAGCAGGGCGGACCCGUCGGCUUCCAGCCGUACCACCGGCCAAUGAAAUUCCCUUUCAGGAUUGUCCUGCUGAUCGUGUUCAUGUGCGUCACCCUGCUCUUGGCCAGCCUCGUCUGCCUCACUCUGCCAGUGUGCGCGGGCCGCUGGCUGAUGUCUUUCUGGACGGGCAGUGCCAAGAUCCACGAGCUGUACACGGCGGCGUGCGGCCUGUACGUGUGCUGGCUGUCCAUCCGUGCUAUCACCGUGCUGCUGGCCUGGAUGCCACAGGGCCGACACGUCAUCCUGCUCAAGGCCCAGGAGUGGACGCUCAUGAUCCUGAAGACGCUGAUAGUGGCGGUGCUGCUGGCCGGGGUGAUCCCCCUGCUGCUGGGGCUGCUGUUUGAGCUGGUCAUCGUGGCCCCCCUCAGAGUGCCCCUGGACCAGACCCCCCUCUUCUACCCCUGGCAGGACUGGGCCUUAGGCGUCCUGCAUGCCAAAAUCAUUGCCGCCAUCACCCUGAUGGGCCCGCAGUGGUGGCUGAAGACUGUGAUCGAGCAGGUGUAUGCCAACGGGAUUCGCAACAUUGACCUGCACUUCAUCAUCCGUAAGCUGGCGGCCCCCGUCAUCGCCGUGCUGCUGGUGUCGCUCUGCGUGCCCUACAUCAUCGCCACAGGCAUCGUGCCUCUCAUCGGGGUGAAGCGGGAGAUGGAGAACCUGGUCCAGCGACGCAUCUAUCCCUUCCUGCUGAUGGUGGUCAUGAUCAUGGGAAUCCUGUCCUUCCAGAUCCGCCAGUUCAAGCGCCUUUACGAACACAUCAAGAACGACAAGUACCUUGUUGGACAGAGACUAGUGAAUUAUGAACGGAAAUCUGGCAAAUCCAGCACCACCACCCACAGUAGCUCCCCACAGGAGUAACAGCCUAAGGAAGUGACUCAACAGAAUCAGCUGGAGGUGCGCGCGCGUGUGUGUGUGUGUGUGUGUGUGUGUGUGUGUGUGUGUGUGUGUGUGUGUGUGAGUGAGAGAGUGAUAAAGAGAGAGAGGAGAGGAAAGAGACCAGUUGAACUUGUGUAUGCGUUGUGAGCGAGGUCUCCAGUGCACUAUUCCCUCCAAACUGUCCAUCUCUCUACCUGGUGCAUGACCCACAUCCCCUUGUGUCCACUGCAACGCUGCAACUUUCCACAACUCCUGCCGCCCCGGUGGCUCUUCCAGCUGGGGAGACCUGAGAACAGAUGACCCCUGGAGGACCUCACAGCAGAGAGAUGAAGAGGACAACAGCUACGCUACAUUGGACGCCCGAUACCAAUCUCAAAGAAUGUUUCUUUGAACAGCUUAAAAACAGGAAGAUUUGUGUAUACUAAUUUAUUAAAUCAUAGUUUUCAUUUUAUUUCAGUCAAAUCAUAUGGCUGUGUUUGGAGUGGCCUGUGCUAUUUUUCUGUGCUACAAGUCAUGCCCGUUCUUGUUCAGUUACUUUUUUGGUCAACAAAGGACAAUGCACAAUGGUUAUUGGUGAAGAAUUUGGGUGGGGGCCAAAUGAGUAGUUUUAUUUAUUAGGUUUUUUUCUUUGAUAUUGUUUUAUAAUACCACCACUCUUGUUGUGGUUACUACAGAGCAGUCAUCACUUUGGGUGAACUGAAAAGGAUGGCUUUGCACCUUACGUGGUUUGCUGAGACCAUCUCUAUUCCGAGGGUCCCUUGUUUCUAGUGAUGUCAUGACCGCUGUUGCAGGAGGACUUUAAUGGUGGAGGAGGGUGGCUUCGGGCAGAUUUCUCAGAAUGCUGACAUACUUCCUCCUAAGCACAGUAUGGUAAUGCUGUGGGGAGCUAUAGACCUGUACAGACUGGACUCUACCAAAGAGCUGUUUUGUGUAGCUCUCCACCUCUCGCUUGACGCUUGUGCUUCAGUAGUAUGUGAGCGAAGACUGUGAGGGUCCAGCAGACCUCCGUGGUUGAACAUAUUUAUUUGCCAGCUGUCCAUCCAUUUUCUUGCCACACACAAUGUGCAAAAGGUUGACUUUCUUGGUAAAGGUGCUGUUGUACGUUUACCAGUCGUUUUUUUUUUUUUUUUUAAAGUGUAGCAAUAGUGAAUAAUCUCUUCCAAUUGAAGUCAUUCAAUCAGUAUUGAUGUAUUGUACAUUGAAAAUGAUUAAAAACUACACUUUUUAACAACAAUGACAACAACAAAAAACAGACAAACAAUUCACAAUUAACAAUUGUGCACCAGUGUUGAAGAAUUCUACCUUCUCUUUUAUGGUCUAAAAACAUUUCCAUCAGAUGGUGAUGGAAUCCGAUCAGAUGUUGUAAAUAAUGUAUCAUUGCAGCACUUUUGGACUGUGUAUUUGAUUUUCAUAAUAAUGUUAAUUUUGACAUUUCAAGCACCUGCUACAGGUGUGAGGCUCCGUUGGCUUUGUAUCAGAGUGCCACAUAACAGGCAGUGUUUAAAAAGUUGAGAUUUUGUAAGUGACCUUAUAGUAUCUUUGCAACGCAAAACUGGAAAUUGUUUGCUUCUUGACCUUCUUUUGGCUUUAUCUAAAGGCAAAUGCUCUAUUUUUAUAUGUGCAUUUUAGAGGUGCUUCUGAUUUUGUUUGAUUUUUCCCUCCUCUCUCUGUCUCCUCUCUUCUCUUGUGGUUUCCUUUGUAAUUGGGCAACAGCGGCACAUAACACUGCUGUUGAUUAGAAUCAACACAUGCUGAUUGCUCCCACUUGCCUGGAGAAAUAGGAGCGUUGUCCUGCCUCCCUCUCUGCCAUAGCAUGUUUUGGCCUGGCCUCGGCAGUGGCCUGGUGUUCUGGACAAUUCAAACGUGUGGAGGGAGGCAGGCAAGGGCACGGGAAUAUUUUCAAUCUCAUGGACAGAAAAGUUUUUUUUUUUUUUUUUUUUUGCUUUGUUUCAAGAACUCAAUUACAAACAUUAAAUGACAAGUGUGGAAUUUU